GGGGGAGGAGAGGAAGCUCACACGCAUCAUGGAGAGGCCGGAGAGGGGCAGCCGGGGGAACCGGGAGCACUGAGGAGCCGCCGCCAUGUCCGGGCCCCGCCGGUAACAAUAUGUGGAGCGCCGUACUGAGGAGCCUGCUGCUCUGCGGCCUGGGCUGCCUGCUGAGGGCGUCUCCAUUGCUGUUAUACGCCAACCGGCGUGACCUGCGGUUGGUGGACGCUGGAGGAACAAAGGGGAACUCGACUGUGGUGGUCAGCGGCCUGGAGGAUGCAGCAGCUGUGGACUUUGUAUUUUCCCGAGGCUUCAUUUAUUGGAGUGAUGUGAGUGAAGAAGCGAUAAAGAGGAUUGAUUUUAACAAAGCUGUGAGCAAUCAGGAUGUUGUCAUAUCGGGACUGGUAUCGCCAGAUGGACUGGCUUGUGACUGGUUGGGAGAGAAACUGUACUGGACAGACUCGGAAACCAAUAGGAUAGAAGUCGCAAACUUGGAUGGAUCUUUACGGAAAGUAAUAUUCUGGCAAGAACUGGAUCAGCCACGAGCAAUUGCUCUGGAUCCUACCAGAGGGUACAUGUACUGGACUGACUGGGGUGAAGUGCCAAAGAUCGAGCGUGCGGGGAUGGAUGGGAUACAACGAUCUGUUAUUAUAGAGACUGACAUAUAUUGGCCAAAUGGCCUGACAUUGGAUUAUGAAGAGCAGAAGCUUUACUGGGCUGAUGCAAAACUCAGUUUCAUCCACAAGUCCAACCUGGAUGGCACAUUUCGACAAACUGUUGUGAAGGGCUCUCUCCCUCACCCAUUCGCUCUGACUUUGUUUGGGGACACAAUAUACUGGACGGACUGGACCACGCACUCUAUCCUGGCGUGUAACAAGUACACUGGAGAGGAGCGCCGUGAGGUGGACACUAAUAUCUUCUCUCCUAUGGACAUCCAUGCGUUCAGCCAGCGGAGACAGCCAAAUGCUACCAAUCAAUGUGCUGGUCACAAUGGUGGCUGUUCUCAUCUGUGUCUGAUGUCACCAGCAGAGCCUUUCUAUCAGUGCGCCUGCCCCACAGGUGUGCGUCUCAAGGAUGAUGGGAAGACCUGCAUGCAUAGCGCUACAGAGCUGCUGCUACUUGCCCGGCGGACAGAUCUCCGGCGAAUAUCCUUGGACACCCCUGACUUUACUGAUAUUGUGCUCCCUCUGGAUGACAUCCGCCAUGCCAUCGCCAUAGACUAUGACCCAGUGGAUGGUUAUAUAUACUGGACAGAUGAUGAGGUGCGAGCCAUUCGACGGGCUCAGGUUGAUGGUUCCUCCAGUCAGUUCAUUGUUGUCUCUCAAGUAUCUCACCCUGAUGGAAUCGCUGUGGACUGGGUGGCUCGGAACUUGUACUGGACAGACACGGGAACUGAUCGCAUCGAGGUGACGCGGUUAAAUGGAACUAUGCGCAAAAUUUUAAUAUCUGAAGAUCUUGAUGAACCGAGAGCUAUAGUCUUGGAUCCAACAAAUGGCUACAUGUACUGGACCGACUGGGGAGAGAACCCAAAAAUCGAACGUGCUGCAAUGGAUGGCUCCGAUAGAGUGAUUUUGGUGAACACCUCCCUAGGCUGGCCCAAUGGUCUUGCCUUGGACUAUGCAGAAGGGAAAAUAUACUGGGGAGAUGCCAAGACAGACCAGAUAGAGGUCAUGAAUAUGGAUGGCAGCGGGCGCAGGCUGCUGGUGGAGGACAAGCUGCCACACAUCUUUGGCUUCACACUCUUGGGGGAUUACGUCUAUUGGACGGACUGGCAAAGGCGCAGCAUUGAGAGAGUCCACAAACACACAGGCGAGCGUGAGGUGAUCAUUGACCAGCUGCCUGACUUGAUGGGUUUGAAGGCCACAAACAUUCAUAAGCCACCAGGUUCUAAUGCCUGUGCUGACAGUAAUGGUGGCUGCAGCCACCUGUGCCUGUAUCGACCCCAGGGACCACGCUGCGCAUGUCCCAUAGGGCUGGAGCUGAUCAAUGAUAUGAGAACUUGUAUUGUACCAGAGGCAUUUCUUCUGUUCUCCCGCCGGGCUGACAUCCGCCGCAUAUCACUAGAGACCAACAAUAACAAUGUAGCCAUUCCACUGACCGGCGUGAAGGAAGCCUCUGCUCUUGAUUUUGAUGUGACCGAUAACCGUAUUUACUGGACAGACAUCAGUUUAAAGACAAUCAGCCGGGCGUUCAUGAACGGAAGUGCUCUAGAACACGUGGUCCAAUUUGGUUUGGAUUAUCCUGAAGGCAUGGCUGUGGACUGGCUGGGAAAGAACCUUUACUGGGCAGAUACUGGCACAAAUCGUAUUGAGGUCUCCAAGCUGGAUGGCAUGCAUCGACAGAUACUGGUGUGGAAAGACUUGGACAGCCCACGGGCGUUGGCUCUAGACCCAGCAGAUGGGUUUAUGUACUGGACAGAGUGGGGAGGAAAGCCCAAGAUUGACAGGGCUUCUAUGGAUGGCAGUGAGCGUAUUACUGUGGUACCCAAUGUGGGCCGGGCCAAUGGGCUGACUAUCGACUAUGCUGAGAGACGACUAUACUGGACAGACCUUGACACCAACCUUAUUGAGUCGUCCAACAUGCUAGGACAAGACCGAGAAGUGAUAGCUGAUGAUUUGCCUCACCCUUUUGGGCUGACCCAGUACCAAGACUUUAUAUACUGGACAGACUGGAGCCGCCGAAGUAUCGAGAGAGCCAAUAAAACCAGCGGCCAAAACCGAACCAUCAUCCAAGGCCAUCUGGACUAUGUCAUGGACAUCCUGGUGUUUCAUUCCUCCCGACAGUCUGGCUGGAAUGAGUGCGCAUCCAGUAACGGUCACUGCUCUCACCUCUGUCUGGCCACACCUGUCAGCGGCUACAUUUGCGGCUGUCCUGUUCACUAUUCUCUCAACUCAGACAACAAGACCUGCAGCGCGCCAAGCUCAUUCCUGCUAUUCAGCCAGAAAAAUGCCAUCAACCGUAUGGUGAUUGAUGAACAGCAGAGCCCUGACAUCAUUCUUCCAAUUCACAACUUGCGUAAUGUCCGUGCAAUUGACUAUGACCCUGUGGAGAAGCACCUGUAUUGGAUCGAUUCCCGGCAGACCAUCCGGCGUGCCCUUGAAGAUGGGAGCCAGAAUAUAACUGUGGUCUCCAACACGAACACUAACCAGAAUCUGGACAUGCAGCCAUACGAUAUGAGUAUUGACAUCUAUAGCCGCUUUAUUUACUGGACUUGUGAAGCCACCAAUGUCAUUAAUGUUACACGUAUGGAUGGGCGUGCUGUGGGAGUAGUCCUGAAAGGUGACCAGGACCGACCCAGGGCCAUCCUUGUGAACCCUGAGAGGGGGUACAUGUAUUUCACCAAUUUACAGGAGCGUUCAGCCAAAAUAGAGAGAGCUGCUCUUGAUGGGACAGAACGAGAAAUUCUCUUCUUCACAGGACUAAGUAAACCCAUUGCCCUGGCACUAGAUAACAAGUUGGGAAAACUGUUCUGGGCUGAUUCAGACUUGAGACGGAUAGAAAGUAGCGAUCUGUCUGGAGGAAAUCGCGUUGUCCUUGAGGACUCCAAUGUGCUGCAGCCGGUAGGACUUACUGUCUUUGGCAAUCACCUGUAUUGGAUCGACAGACAGCAGCAGAUGAUUGAGCGCAUUGAAAAAACGGGACGUGAAGGCCGCACCAAAAUUCAGGCCCGUAUUCAGUUCCUGACUGACAUCCACGCAGUAACUGAGCUCAGCAUGCAGGAGUACAAGGAGCAUCCAUGCUCUCAGGAUAAUGGUGGCUGCUCCCACAUUUGUAUUGUAAAGGGAGAUGGAACGACUCGCUGCUCCUGCCCCAUGCACCUGGUGCUUCUCCAGGAUGAGCUGUCCUGCGGAGAACCCCCAACCUGUUCCCCUCAGCAGUUCACCUGCUACACGGGGGAGGUAGACUGUAUCCCUGCUGAAUGGCGUUGUGACGGUUUCACAGAAUGCGUGGAUCACAGCGAUGAGCAAAACUGUCCUAUGUGUUCUGACACUCAGUUCCAGUGUGCCAGUGGGCAGUGUAUAGAUUCAUCACGAAGAUGUAAUGGCGACGCAAACUGCCAGGACAAGUCUGAUGAGAAGAACUGCGAUGAAAUCUGCACACCAGACCAGUUUCACUGCGGCAGUGGACAGUGCAUCAGCAAACACCGGCGAUGUGACCACAAGCGAGACUGUAGUGACAGCUCUGAUGAACUGGGCUGCUAUCCUACAGAAGAACCACCUCCACCUUCGACCAACACCAUCGGCUCUAUUAUUGGGGUUAUUCUUACAGUUUUCGUGGUGGGUGGAGUUUAUUUUGUGUGCCAGCGUGUUCUGUGUCCCCGCAUGAAAGGUGAUGGAGAGACCAUGGCAAAUGACUAUGUUGUGCACGGGCCAGCCUCUGUACCGCUGGGUUAUGUCCCCCAUCCCAGCUCCCUUACUGGAUCACUACCUGGCAUGUCACGAGGCAAGUCUGUCAUCAGCUCGCUGAGCAUUAUGGGUGGGAGCAGUGGACCGCCUUAUGAUCGCGCUCAUGUGACUGGAGCAUCAUCUAGCAGUUCUUCCAGCACCAAAGGAACUUAUUUCCCACCUAUUUUGAACCCUCCUCCUUCCCCAGCCACAGAGCGUUCACAUUACACUAUGGAGUUUGGAUAUUCAUCAAACAGCCCAUCCACACACAGAUCGUACAGUUAUCGACCAUACAGUUACCGUCAUUUUGCUCCUCCAACCACGCCAUGCAGCACAGAUGUGUGCGAUAGUGACUACACCCCCAGCCACCGCCUGACCUCUGCUACGGCAAAGGGCUACACCAGUGAUCUCAACUAUGACUCGGAACCAGUCCCACCACCACCAACCCCACGCAGUCAGUACCUGUCUGCCGAGGAGAGCUGCCCGCCAUCCCCUUAUACAGAACGCAGUUACUCUCAUCACUUAUACCCACCGCCCCCCUCUCCUUGCACAGACUCUUCCUGAGAUUCCCUCCCCCCCCCACCUGUAUAUACACAAAACCUGUGGAGUAAGGGGGUCCAUGGAAAGCUUCAUGUACAGUUGUAUUUUCACAGAAUUCUUCAGCGGCGAGCAGAGUUCAGCCAGUGGACCUAUUUGUACAUAGCGAAAAAGGAUAUUUAUAUAUUUUCUUAGCUCACUCCGUCAUCCCUGUGCCAUAAACCCAAAUCCCAGCUCAUUCCCUCACUGAUCCAAAUUUUUUGUACAAAGGAUUUUUGCUCUGCCAGUAUAUUGUACAAAUAUAUAUAUAAAUAUCUAUUUUUGCAAACUGAACACACAAAAUGCCUUAAAUGGACGCUGCAGAAGCAAAGAAGUCUUAAUGCCAAAAAGAUUCCGAGUGAUUGUGAGCUACAGUAGACGUCCAGACUUAACCAGGGUAGGUGGCGGUAUUCAGAAAGCAGCAAUUGGUGCCAGUUCAUCCUUGCUUUUGACACUUCCUGGGUUGUCUUUGGCAUUUGAUUCAGUUUUAAGUUCAACAAGAUGAACACUGAACAGAAAUUUUUUAUCCAUGUAGAAUUCUACUUUAUAAUGAUGGGAAAAUCCAGAAUACGUUAUGUGAACCAAUUAGACUACACUAUCAGAAUGUGUUUUUUUUUUUUAUUUUAACCAUCAUACACGGUUCGCUUCUGUUUGAUUGGACCGGUCUACAGUGUGUUUACAAAAAUGUGUAGUGCGUUUCCCCAAGACCUAGAUUGGAUCACUUUCCCAAGAGACUGGGUACUGAGCACCUGCAGAGGCUCCUCCUACACCUCAGACUGCAAAAAACAAAACCAGGGAAAAAAAACGGCUGCACUCCUUGAAAAUUCAAACGCUGGUAGUUUUCAUCUGGACAAUAGUCCUUGAUGAAGACUUCACCUAAAGAGCGCACUCUUUGCCUAUAUUAUUUAAAUAAAUGAAGUUACCACCAUUUGAAUUUCCAAGUAGUGCUGCCCGUCUUUUACCUUGGAUUUCUACAGAUUUUAACAGACCUUUUACUGUGUAAAUUUUUUAUUUUUUUUUACAUGUUUUUUAUAAUUGGUGAACACACAGUGGCUCUUCCCUCCUCCUGUUAACCCAGGCUUUUACUCGGUGCUGGAGGCUGCCAUAACUCUGAAGUGCCAUGCAAGUGAAGCACCUGCCCCUGACUUAAUUCUGGAACUUGGCUAGUUCCAGCCUCUGGCAGUGACAAUCAACUUCAUUAUAGGGUCCCAUUAAAACUGUUGCUGAUCUUUUUCCUGCACACUUCAUUCAGACAACCAUGCAUGCGUGUCCACAUAAGAAGCAUCUGCAUCAUUAGAAAUUUGAUAGGCCAAGAUAUCCCAGCUAUUAUAGCAGAGAAGUCAGCUGAAGGUGUACUAUCCUGUAGCUGUUCUAAAUUCGGCAGCAUCAGAAGGAAAUUAUUGAAUGGCUGAGAACCUAAAAUUUUAACUGAAAGGUUGUAAGGUUAGUUGAUGAAAUUAACACAUCCCCUUUCCACCAUUCCUUUUAUUACUAAUUACAAGAAAACAAUAAAAUGCAUUGACAGUUAUAUCAAAAUGAUGCUCGCAAGGCUGGCCACAUACAUGAUUAAUUUUUUUGAGGAGAUUCCCCCACCCACACACUCAAGGUGGAUGAGGGAAUCCUUCCCAAUGUGGUAUUGUAUUUUGACAGUUAGAAGCUUUCCCAGCUGUCAGAAUACAAUGAUCAGUGUUUCUGGCUGUAGCUGGUCGCAUUGAUUGUGGAAAAACCUGACAUGCUGUUUGUACACAAGUGGAUCGAUAGAUUGAUUUGAGUACAGUCAGCCUGUCCAUACAUGGGUCAAAAUUUGACCAGUUCAUGCUAAACCGGACAAAUUCCGAACCAUGUAUGGCCUGAUUUGGGGGGUAGCUUGUACCUCUCUGGGAAAAUAUUUUAAGCUGUUUUUAUUACUUUUUUUUUUUUCCUCCUUGUCCUAGCACAAUAUUUACAAGGUUCUGGAAGUUCUAUACUACCUGCAGGGUCCUAAAAGUUCUAUCUGCUCUACAACCCGCAAAUGAAAUAUACCACUACUGUCAUGUCAGACACAUGCUGGGAGAAACCACUAAAACCAGUGUGCAGGACUAUUAACUGGGGCCCUCCAGCUUGUCUGCGCCUGUCAGAUCAGAGUAGCUUGCUUUUGUGUUUAAAAUGGACCUAACGUGAUCCAAAAUAUGUCAACAAGAUUAGAACGGUUUCACAGCAGGUAGCUCCUCUUAAAUAUCUUAGUUGGAGUUUAGUCCCAAAUCUUGUGGUACUAUAGUAUGAAAAUUUUAAGCCAGCUUUCCGGGUAGACAGCCUGGCUAUCUCUGCAGUGGUUGGCUUCCAUGGCCAUUAGAAAGAUGGAGAUGGCUAGUAAAAAGAAGCUGGCCAGUAUUUGCAUGCCAGGUUACCCCAGAAUUAAAGCAGACCUCUCUCCCAUCAUUUUCAACCACCAACAUCUUUGAAAUAAUUAUUAUAGCAAAAUAUUUUAAUAUAGUUGCUUUUACUUGCAAAAAUCGGUGGCUGGCUUCUUCUACCUUGUUCUUGGGCUUGAUAACCCAUCGAUGGUGUACAGCACACAUUUUGUUUGUGUGCUGUAUGAGAUCUUGAAUGGUUUAUAUGUUGUGAAGACUUUAGCAAAGUAGGCUGCAUUAUGCCAUCCAACACUCGUUUCUGAAGCCAUGGCAAAGCAUAACCCACAAAUUGCUAUAUCUAUAUUUAAUGAGAGAAAAAAAUCCCUUUUCCCAUACUCCAGUGAGAAUUUGCAGUAAACUGAAUACGUUUCCAGGAAAGCACUUCCCAGGGGACAGCUGCGGGAGGCCAUGGCUUCCUCACCAGUGUCCUGGAAAUGCCGGAAGCAAAAGAAAUGCGAGUGUGAUUACCGUAUAUACAAUUACUGUUUUUUAAUGACUAUAGUUUUGGGGAAAAGGUCUGCUUUAAGUUUUUCGGGGCUCUGAGUAGAUUGGGUUUACGAUUGCAUAGAAUGGAUUCUAGGAUUAUGGCAGGUUCAUUUUUACCCUUCUCCUGUCUGAGGUCUGCUGGAUCCUCCCCUGGUAGGCAAAGCCUGGAAAAUGUAUUUUCUAUUUUCCGAAGCUGCGAAUGUUAAGUGUUUUUAUACCAUGUAUGAUGUAGAUACUGUAUUUGUAUUUAUAAACGCAAAAUGUAACAUUUUUCUAAUAGUGUAUAUCCCAUUUAUAUAUCCUUGCCGUAUGUUCAGAUAAUUGCUUCGUACAGUCACCAGAAUGCAGGAGUUUAAAAUGUGUCCUUUAGUGAUGGGCUUAUGAAGGGUUUUGUGACUGUUUUGCUUUGUAAUUGCACAUUUUAUGGUUGCAUUAGAUAAACAACUUUCUUUCUCAUAUAGUUCUACAGGAAGCUCCAGCCUAUAGGAUUAUGCAUGGCCGCAACUAAAUUUGUUAGGUCAUCAUGGUAAUGUAGACCUUACAGGAGGUUGUCAUUGGAAUGUAAGACAGUUGGCAAUGUGGUUUAGGCCAGGGCUUAAAAUGACCCUGCCAAUCACUUAAAGUCUUCUGCAAGAGAUCUCCCCUCUGAGGCAGCCCAUGUCACCUACUACCCUCCCCUCCUGUGAUGCCACCUCUAACAUUAUGGCGUUGGACACUCCAGGAGUGGCUCCAUCCUCAGACUGUUAUGUCACUACUAGUGAUGUAUAGGUUGGUGGAUGAAACCAAAGCAGAUAGCAGGGGACACCUGUAUCGAGCACUCCAAGUGCAAAACUUACAAAAGCUGCACUGUUGGAUUGGGUAAGAUCCAGGAGACAUGGGCCAUUAGAGUUAGGGUCACUAGAAGUAAUAAACUGAAUUUGUUUCUUUAAUGUGGGACUAAAAA